GAGUAGUGAUGUUAUGAAAUCCACCCACAGUCCAUGAGUAAAGAUGGAAAGCCCAUUUUCAGUAUGAUCUGACCACAGGUCAUCCGUCGUCGUCGUGGUUGUUAAUUCCCCAGUUGAUUUAUUUCUGGACGGGAAGUGAGCAUGGGGGCAGUGGGGUGCCUGAACGUGACCAACGGGACGAGUGGUGGCGUGCCGUAUCCGUUCCAGGUGUCUCUGGUGGUGCUCGUGGUGCUGCUCAUCCUCCUUACAGUGUUCGGUAACGUGCUGGUGGUGAUCGCCGUGUUCACCAGCAGAGCCCUGAAGGCACCGCAGAACCUGUUCCUGGUCUCCUUGGCGUCGGCCGACAUUCUGGUGGCGACACUGGUCAUGCCGUUCUCGCUGGCCAAUGAGCUGAUGGGCUACUGGUACUUCGGGCAGGCGUGGUGCGAGGUGUACCUGGCACUCGACGUCUUGUUCUGUACCGCCUCAAUUGCGCACCUGUGCGCCAUCAGCCUGGACCGCUAUUGGUCCAUUACGCAAGCUGUGGAGUACAACCUGAAGCGCACGCCGCGCCGCAUCAAGUGCAUCAUCCUGGUCGUGUGGGUUAUCGCCGCUGUCAUCUCCUUCCCGCCGCUCAUCUCCAUGGAGAAGGAGGGACAGCAGGAGGUGGGGCGUCCCCUGUGCAAGAUCAACGAGGACAAGUGGUACAUCAUCUCGUCCUCCAUCGGGUCCUUCUUCCUGCCCUGCGUCAUCAUGGUGCUCGUUUACAUCCGCAUUUACCAGAUCGCCAAGAGCCGGACCAGAGGCAGGCGACGAAAAGAGGAAGAGGAAGAACGGAGGAGGAACGAUGCCCAAAAGGAGGAGAACGGCGAUGGACAAUGCCAUGAGAAGCUCAAUGGCAAGCCGGACGACAAGGACAAGGGCGACGUCAACGGCGUGGACGUGGAGGAGUCGUCCUCGUCCGAACGCAAGGACGACAACGCUUGCUCCGACAAGAAGAAGCGAGCCAAAGGCAAGACCAAGCUGAGCCAGAUCAAACCCGGCGACGAGACGUGCAAGCGGUCCACGCGACAGAGCGGCAAUCGCGGCCGCUGGAAGGGCCGCCAGAACCGUGAGAAGCGCUUCACCUUCGUCCUGGCCGUCGUCGUCGGCGUCUUCGUCGUCUGCUGGUUUCCUUUCUUCUUCACGUACACGCUCACAGCGCUCUGCGACUCGUGCUGCGUUCCCACCACGCUCUUCAAGUUCUUCUUCUGGUUCGGUUACUGCAACAGCUCGCUCAACCCCAUCAUCUACACCAUCUUCAACCACGACUUCAGGAGGGCUUUCAAAAAGAUCCUGUGCCGAGGAGAACGCAGGAUCGUGUGAAUCGGACCGGUGUUGGUAUUUUUUUGUGUUUGUUUU